AAAAUGCCAUGCUGGUAUUACGAAAAAGAGGAAGUAUUAAAAUCUCCCUCUUUUCAAGAUGGCGUCGAUUAUGAGACAGAACUGCUUUAUCGCAAGGAAGGUGCUCGAUUCAUUUUUGACCUCGGCAAUAAAUUACGACUUCGAUAUGAUACUUGCGCUACAGCGACAGUGUUUUUUCAUCGCUUUUAUAUGUUGCACUCUUUCAAACAAUUUCCACGAUUUGUGACAGCCUCUUGCUGCCUUAUGCUUGCUGGUAAAGUCGAAGAAACUCCAAAAAAAUGCAGGGACAUAGUCAAAGCUGCAAUUACUCUAUUGCCAGAAAAAGUCUUUGAACAAUUUGGAAAAGAUCCUCGAGAAGAAAUUAUGGCCUAUGAACGCGUAUUGCUUAAAACAAUAAAAUUCGAUUUUCAAGUGUCGCACCCCUACAAAUUUCUGCUUCAAUAUGUCAAAAGAAUUAAAAACAAUACUGAGCGCCACAAAGAGCUUGUACAAAUGGCGUGGUCUUUUAUUAAUGAUAGUUUGGCAACAACACUUUGCUUGCAGUGGGAACCCGAGAUAGUUGCUUGCGCAGUCUUAUAUCUUGUAACACGAAUGAAUAAAUUCACUAUAGAAGAUUGGGAUGGAAGGCGGCAAGGGGAAAGAUGGUGGGAAUGUUUCGUUGAAGGCAUGAGUAUAGACAUGACCUUGUAA